AUGGUUAUUUAUCAAGUUGCUAAAUCAAUGUCAAAAACAAAUCAUCGGACGGACCGGGACAAAGACAAGUAUGAACCACCUAACCCGAGACGAGUUCACACAAUUAUGUCCUCCGAGGAUGUGGCUGCCGGUAAAAAAUCUUUCUGGCCUGAGCUUGAGAUUACAGGAACCAUCCGAAAUUUAAGUCCAGCUCUAUGGAAUAUGACACAUUUGACGUCGCUUUAUCUCGAUAAUAAUAAUCUGUGCCGUAUACCAUCGGAUAUCGCACGGCUUACCAAUUUGACUCAUCUAGAUUUAUCGUCUAACAAAUUGCGAACAUUACCAUCAGAGCUUGGAGAUCUUAUACGUUUAAGAGAUCUUCUAUUAAACAACAAUAGCCUCCGUGUACUACCAUAUGAACUUGGACUUGACGGUAAUCCACUCACCCAAGAGAUAUUGGUUAUUUACAAAGAACCAAAUGGCACCCAAAAACUCCUUGAAUACCUUCUAGACAACUUAGUGGAUAUACACUUUGAGCCUUGUUACUCUCCAUCAACCCGUAACAAGACGUAA